CUCAGUAGAAAAGUCUAAAUCAAAGUCUACAAUAUGGUUGGACCCUUUGUGCAGGGUAUGCUAUUGAUAGGCAUCAUCUAUUGGUACUCCAAGGGCAUGAUGUCCAUGAUCAACGACUACUAUCGCAGCGAAUUCAAUCGCAAACUGCAGGCGAAUGCCGCACCCAAACCCAAGGCAGAAGUGCCCAUCAAUGUGGAUAACUUUAUGGAUUAUGUGAGGGAACUGGAGACACCCAGUGAGUCGAGAGCGGGUCAGAUGGUAGCCACUGGUGCACAGACAGCUCCACUCAGCAAAGAAUACUCGCAAACUCUGCUGCGUUUCCUUGAGAUCACUGGUACGCUGACUGCCUAUGAUGCCUGUCUCAGUAGUUCUAUAAGUUAGCUAAC